AUGCAAGCAUUUUUAAACUUUCGUCAACAUAUUCAUCGUCUUCUCAAUUCAAAUUCAUCAGUUGGUGAUACAACUUUCAUUGUCAAACAUCUCGAAGAUGAAGCAUCAAAUCUAUGUCUUUCUUUCGACACGCAAAUACAAUCUCUUCGCGAUGAUUUACUCGCGAAAGACAAUGAACUUAUUAAAACGAUGCAAGAACGCUUCAAUCUUUUACAGGAAUUGAAUACAAACAAGGAUUCUGCACAUACAAUUAUUAAGUGUUUGAACAUAUCUCUCAAAGCAUCUUCUCACACCAUUGCUCGCACCAUCAUAGAAAUGAUUGCUCGUGAACAUUUACAUUCUAUGAAUUUAGCUAUUGAAAAAUUGAUGGAUAAGCUUCGUCGUGAAAAGAAUUACGCAAAUCACAGCUGGAGUACCAUUGAUCUUAUUAAAGAAGCGAAGAAGAGAACAUUUUGGGAUACAAUGACCGUGGAACAACAAAAAGAUGCUGAUCUUCUUGUCAAAUGGCAUUCACAGGGAUCGAACAAGAAGAAUUUCAUCCCAACAAAAGAUAUAUUAAAACGUAUGUGGGAAAACUUGAAAUCUACGGACAUUGUGACAACUCUCAAACAUCCGAAGUACGGCUCGUUUUCUGAUAAAAAUGAACAAAUAGAAAAAGCAUUUAUUAAUUUAUAUCAAACUUUAUCUGAAGCUGUACACAAUUGUGGUCUUUGCUAUGAGGAAGAUGUGCUUCCAAUUCCAGAUAUUAUUGAGAAUAUAUUUAGUAAAUCGGACGCAUUAGCACUUGCCACUUUUUAUUCGAUUACAUUGCCAAACAUGCCAUAUGAAAUAGUGUCAAAUGUUGCUAAGCUACCUUCAAAUUCAUCGUAUUGGCUCAACAGUGGUGAUUUGAAGAAUUGCUCGAAUAUCUCCACCACCACGAUUGCUGCAGCUGAUGAAAAAUCGUCCAAGCGAAAAUUGGAUGAAAAUGAAGAAAAUGAAGGAGAUUAA